UGUUCCUGUGUGUUUACUACUGUAUUUAGUAUACGGAGACAUUCGCGUAUUAUAUGCAGAGAACUCGCCACCUAAACACUGCCUAUUAGUGGUAUUUUAAAGAAACCCUUCAGGAAUCCAACAUGCCCAAGAGAAAGGGAGCUGAUGGAGAUGCAAAGGAGGAGCCUCAGAGGAGAUCUGCGCGGUUAUCUGCGAAACCAGCUCCCCCCAAACCUGAACCAAAACCCAAAAAGACAGCCAAGAAAGACAAAGCCGUCAAUGACAAGAAAGAGGAGAAGAAGACCAAGGUGAAGGCCAAGGAGAGCACGGAACCUGAGGCCAAUGAGGAGAACCACUCAGAAAACGGCGAGGCCAAGACCAAUGCAGUUGAAGAGACUCCAGCAGAAUCCAAGGAGGAGCCCAAGUCUGAGUAGCAUCACUGCCUCCUGUUAAACCACUCUUCCUGCCCACCCCCAGACAGGCCCCCUCCCCCAGACAGCCCUGCGGUCUCAUAUGGUUGCCCGCCCCUCCAGGCAUAUUGUUAACAGAGGAAUAUUUUUAUCGAUGAUUUUAUAAAAGUCUCAGUACUGAUUUUUAGCACAACUAAAAGCUAAAAGAGGAGCAGCUUGCAGACUUGCAGUGGUCAUAUCAAUUGUCUGCAAGUGGGACAAACACACUAAAAUCUUUUUUAAAUGGUGUUUAAUGAUUGUUGAUAGCCUAUUUGAUGUAGGAAGAGCAUACCUGCUUUUAGAGCUGUGAGUGUUGUAUUCGCCCCCCCCCCCCCAAACCCCUCCCGUCCCUCCCUAACGCUUUAUCGUGUAAUGAGUGAUUCUUUUUUACCUUAUGUAUGUGCUGUGAGUCUUCACGCUUCUGUUUUCUGUCUUAGAUUUCUUUUUCGUUCAUCAGUGUAUCGUCCAUAAAUCAGAGGAAUAGGAAAAAACAUCUGUAAACAUUCCGGGGCGGAGUUACAUGGGCGGAGCUAUCUUUCAACCCACCCUGCAGAAGAAAAAAAAAACUUAUUUUGUUAAAACAAAAGCAGCUUCUUCAAGGUCAUGCAGUAAUACGAGAUUUUCUAAAUGACGUUUUUUUAGGAUGAAAUUCUCACAUUUAUUGAAGUAUGCAGGUGUCUGUGUACCCUCUCCAAUGUUCUGGAUGUCUCUUAAUAAAGAAAACCUCGGGAGUUUUCCUCA